CCAAAAAUCAACCCCCUCCUCCUCCUCAACCAAAAACCGACAACGACGACACGGCACACGCACAAAGCAAACAAAACUGACCAUCCCCCCCAAGCAAAGAACACACACAAAUACACACACACGGAUAGACGCACACCAUGACAUCAAUCAAUGUUGAUCAGAUUAUCCUCAAGCUCCUCGAAGUUCGAGGCAGCCGCCCCGGCAAGACCGUUGAUCUCACCGAGGCUGAGAUUCGCGGCCUGUGCCUCAAGUCCCGAGAGGUGUUCCUGAGCCAGCCCAUCCUGCUCGAGCUCGAGGCGCCACUGCGCAUCUGCGGUGACACACACGGCCAGUACUACGAUCUCCUGCGUAUGUUCGAGUACGGCGGCUUCCCUCCCGAGUCAAACUACCUCUUCCUCGGUGACUAUGUCGACCGUGGCAAGCAGUCUCUGGAGACCAUCUGCUUGCUGCUUGCCUACAAAAUCAAGUUCCCGGAGAACUUCUUCCUUCUCCGCGGCAACCACGAGUGCGCGUCCAUCAACCGCAUCUACGGCUUCUACGACGAAUGCAAGCGGCGGUACAACAUCAAGCUGUGGAAGACGUUUACGGACUGCUUCAACUGCCUGCCUGUUGCGGCCAUCAUUGACGAGAAGAUCUUCUGCUGCCACGGCGGCCUCUCCCCCGACCUGCAGUCGAUGGAGCAGAUUCGCCGCAUCAUGCGCCCAACAGACGUCCCCGACACAGGCCUGCUGUGCGAUCUCCUGUGGGCAGACCCCGACAAGGACACACAGGGCUGGGGCGAGAACGACCGCGGUGUCUCGUUCACCUUUGGCGCUGAGGUUGUGGAGAAGUUCUUGCACAAGCACGACAUGGACCUCAUUUGCCGCGCGCACCAGGUUGUCGAGGACGGUUAUGAGUUCUUUGCCAAGCGCCAGCUCGUCACCAUCUUCAGCGCGCCAAACUACUGCGGCGAGUUUGACAACGCCGGUGCGAUGAUGAGUGUGGAUGAGAGCCUCAUGUGCUCGUUCCAAAUUCUCAAGCCCGCGGACAAGAAGAACAAGUACUCGAGCUACGGCCGCUUCAGGAAAUGAGGACCGGCCCGCUGUGGUCCCUCCUGUAUCGUUGUUUGCUUGAUCGACCUUUGACCGUUGGCUUCCGUGCUCCGUCUGUUUGUCCCCGUAUUGACUAGUUGUCAUGAACACGCCGUUCUUGGCGUAGCCCCGCUCUCCCUGUUUCUUCUCUCUUUGUCGUUGUUUUGCUUUUUGCUCCCCGUGGUUUGUUUGGUCGUUUGGUUGGUUGUUUGAGUGAUGUUGUUUGGUUGGUUGUUUGGUUCUUUGUGUUAUUCACACAAACAGCAAGGGAUGUACCCCUCUUGUCGCUCCCCAUCUCAAAUCCGUGGACUGUGCCUGCGCCCGCGUGUCUUGUCUUGUCUUGUCUUGUGUUGUGUUGUUUUGUUUUGUUUUGUUUUGUUUUGUUUUGUCUUGUCGUUGCCGUCUUACACCCCAGCUGCUGUCCAUGUUGGACCUAUUGCCUGGCAUCCACGCUUCUCGCGGGUUGUUCCUUGCUGACCUCUCUGUUGACAUGAGGUUGGUGCGCCUCCCAUGUCUUCAUUCUCCCGCAUUUUUGUGUGUGUUUGCUUCGUUUCUUCUUACCAGGCCGUGCUGCCGCAUGCUGUUGGUGUUUGUGUCGUCGCUGGUGCUUGCUUGUGCCGGUGUUGGGUUGGUGCUGGCUGUCUCCUUCUCUUCUCGCUCGUGUUUUGGUUGCGGCUUGUGGAUCGAGCGGGUGGCGCAUGUGCACGCACACAUGCUUUGUUGUUUUGCAGAUGGGUGCAGUGAACACUAAGUGAAAUGUCCGAGUGAAGUCAUGUCAACUGAAGUUGUUCCCAGUG